AUGUCUCGCGUCCUUCUCACAGGUGGCUCAGGCUUCAUAGCUGCCCAUGUCCUAGACAUCCUCCUCGAGCGCGGCCACUCAGUGGUUACAACCGUCCGAUCUACAGAGAAAGGACAAAAGAUCCUCGACAAUCACCCUAAAGUCUCCAAAGACAAACUCGAUUUCGUUAUCGUGGAGGACAUUGCCAAACCAGGAGCAUUCGACAAGGCAGUCCAGUCAAACCCUCCUUUCGAAGUCAUAAUUCAUACAGCAUCUCCGUUCCAUUUCAACGCCACGGAUACUAAGAAAGAGCUGCUGGAUCCUGCAGUCAUCGGAACGACAGGUAUUCUGGAGUCAACAAAGAACCACGCUCCAACUGUCAAACGCGUGAUUAUCACCUCCUCUUUCGCCUCAAUCAUCGACCCAUCAAAGGGCACCCGGCCCGGCUACACAUACUCCGAGAAAGACUGGAACCCGAUCACCGAAGAAGAAGCCGUCCAAAAUCCAUCGAAUGGCUACCGCGCCUCCAAGACUUUUGCCGAAAGAGCGUCAUGGGAAUUUUUGGAAAAGGAGAAGCCAAACUUCACAAUCUCGACGAUGUGCCCUCCACUAGUCUUGGGACCAAUUGUACACUAUCUGCAAAGCUUGGACAACCUGAACACGUCGAAUCAAAGGAUUGCUGCGCUGAUGACCGGAAAGGCCAAGGAGGAGUUGCCGCCUACAGGCACAUUUGUUUGGACCGAUGUCCGUGACUUGGCGCUUGCGCACGUCAAAGCUGCCGAGUUGCCUGAAGCGGCGAACAAGAGAUUCUUCGUCACAACAGGUUAUUUCAGCAAUGAAGAGAUUGCGGAUAUCAUGAGGGACAAUUUCCCAGAGCUCAAGAACGAAUUGCCCGCAAAAGGCACCAAAGGUGGAGGAUACCCAGAGGGUGGUCUGUACCAGUAUGAUAACUCGAGGGUCAAAGAAGUUCUAGGCAUUAAAUUCAUAAGCCUUAAGGAGAGUAUUGUUGAUGCGGUGAAGAGUCUGCAGGCAGUCGGCGCUUAG